GGUCUCUGACGGUCUUUUCCCUAGUAUCGACGACGUCUUCAACCUUCUCUCCUUGCUUCAGCAUCGUCCACCGAAUUACGCGUGGGUCUCGCCGCAAUGAAGCGUUUAGUUGGUGCAACGAUCGAGGUGAUGCGUCAAAUGUCAUGGUCCAAUAACUUGUGAUGGGAAUCAGCCGUGCAACAGGGUGACCAAUACCUGAGUCCCCCAGGAGGCAAUGUUACGGACGACACCUCCUUGGCUCAUGACCUGCACUGCACUCGACCGGACGAGGUCCCUGAUGUGUUGCUGAUGCACCUGAUAGUGCGCAGUGAUACAUAGCAUUCGAUAGAGGGGCAUGGCGGCUCGAAUGCAACUCGAAAUUCAGAAACUUUGGUACGAGGAGGAAAAGCAAGCGUGGGAGCUGACUUCCUAGAAGCGCUCUGGAUCCUUGCACGCGACCUCGACCAAAUUCUUGCCACAUAGCAGCCACAUUGCACAUAACACGUAUACUCUCUUUACACUUUACUUGUGCCAUAUUUCACCCUAUCUCGCUGCCAACCAUGUCGAUGAAAGCUAUCGUCAAAUCUGUAAUCUCUGGUGAUUCUUUCGUCUUGCGUGGGCCCGCGGGACCACAAGGUCAACCUCCUAAGGAGCGCGUCUUGCAUUUAGCAGACAUUGUUGCUCCUAGAUUGGGUACUGCCACUCGCGAAGAUGAACCUUGGGCUUUCGAGUCGCGAGAUUUCCUUCGUGGUCUCACAGUGGGAAAGCCGAUCACGUUCACAACCGCACAUUCGCUUCCACCUAAUGACGAUGUUCCACGCGACAUUGGCAGCGCAGAAAUCAAUGGCGUGGACCUUGCCUCUGAGCUCUUGAAGAACGGUUGGGCAAAACUCAAGGAGCUCAAGCGAGAACCCACUGAGGACGACCUGCGCAAGCGUGAUAUUGAGGCCGAAGCAAAGGCUGCCGGCAAGGGUAUUUGGAAUCCUCAUGGACCCAAGGCUCAUGAAAUACACUACAUGAUGCCAACAGAUUCUCAAGGGUUCAUCUCAGAAUGGAAAGGCAAACUCAUUGAUGCACUUGUCGAGCAAGUCAAAGAUGGUUCAACGCUGCGCGUUCGCCUUCUUAUGCCUGACGGUGAACACCAGUUUGUGAACAUCGCUCUGGCUGGUGUCCGCAGCCCUCGUGUAUCCAGCAAUAAGGGCGAGCCUUCAGAACCUUGGGCCGAAGAAGCCAGAUUCUUCACCGAGUCGCGAUUGCUGCAACGCUAUGUUCGUGUUCAAUUGCUUUCUUUACCAACUUCGACCGCGAUACCCUUCCAAGCUGGUGCUAAUGCCACCGCCCCUCCUCCCGCUACCAUCUUCAUUGGAACUGUUCUGCAUCCUGCCGGAAAUGUCGCAGAACACCUCGUUGCAGCUGGACUUGCACGAGUAGUAGACUGGCAUGCUGGUAUGUUGGCCAGCAGUGGCGGUAUGGAACGCCUUCGUGCCGCUGAGAAAGCUGCCAAGGAGAAGCGUGCAUACCUUUACGCCAACGCCCCAGCGCCAUCGUCGAAGACAAAUGGUGCUGCAGCCAAUGGAAGUCCACGUUCGUUCGAAGGCGUCGUGACUCGUGUUUGGAGUGGUGACCAGAUCUCCGUCAUUGAAAAGGAUGGAAGCAAAGAAAGGCGAUUACAACUCAGUUCCACGAGAGGACCGAAGCUGGCGGACCCAAAGCAGGCCUACUAUGCUCAUGAAGCUCGCGAGUUCCUGCGGAAACGUCUCAUUGGCAAACAUGUCAAGGUUUACAUCGAUUUCGUUCGUCCUAGGGAAGGUGAGUAUGACGAGAAGGAAUGUGUUACUGUUCGCUAUGGCAGCCAGAACUCGAACAUUGCCGAGCAACUCGUUGAAAAAGGCCUUGCGAGCGUUGUUCGACACAAGCGUGAUGAUGAAGAUCGAUCACCAGACUAUGACAAGCUUAUGGCCGCAGAGCAAGCUGCAGCAGCAGAACAACGUGGAAUUCACUCUGGUAAAGAACAACCCGCGCCGAAGCAACCACUCAACAUUUCUGAAUCAAGCAAUCGUGCAACACCAUUCGUUAAUGGUUUUAGACGUCAAGGCAGAAUACCUGCUAUCGUCGACUACGUCGCUGCUGGUUCGCGAUUCAAAAUUCUCCUACCAAAGGACAACCAAGUCCUCACCCUCGUACUCGCUGGCAUCCGUGCCCCUCGUACAGCUCGAUACCCGUCCGAAAAAGGCGAGCCCUUCGGUGCUGAGGCAUCUGACUUUGCGACCCGCCGGUAUAUGCAACGAGACGUUGAGAUUGAAAUCUACGACGUCGACAAGUCAGGCGGAUUCAUUGGUGCAUUGUAUCUCAAUAAGAAUGAAAAUGCCGCCGUCACGAUUGCCAAGGAGGGCUUGGCAACAGUUCAUUCUUACUCAGCAGAUAGCUUGCCUUUCGCAAAACAGCUGUACGAUGCAGAGUCUGAAGCAAAAGCUGCGAAGCGGAACAUCUGGCGUGACUACGAUGAAGAAGCUGAAAAAGCGGCCCAAGUUCCAGAGGAAACAGAUGGCUCUGCACUAGCCACUCACUACCUCGAUGUCAUCAUCAGCGAUGUCCGACCUCGAAAUGGCUUCACAUUCUCUAUCCAGAUUCUUAAUACUGAAGGAAUUGCUUCACUGGAGAAGCUCAUGCAUGACUUCUCCCUUCACCACAAAACAAUCUCAACACCAUCGGCUGGCUUCGUACCCAAGUCUGGAGACCUAGUGUCUGCGAAAUUCUCAGAUGGUGCUUGGUACCGUGCUCGCGUACGACGUGCAAGUCCACUAAAGAAGGAAGCUGAAGUCACUUUUAUCGACUAUGGUAACCAAGAUACCGUUUCUUUCUCAGCCAUCAGACCAUUGGAUCCAAAAUUCAGGAGUCUCCCACCACAAGCACACGACGCACGGCUGAGCUUCAUCAAGUUCCCGAAGGAAGACGGUGAAUAUUACGCGGACGCUGUAGAACGUUUCCGUCAACUGUGCGGAGACCGCAAGUUAAUCGCGAACGCUGAUUAUAAGGAAGGCUCAGCAUCCAAUCCUCUUCUCCAUUUGCGACUUAUCGACCCACUGGACCCUGCCACACCACAAAAUCCUCUUGCAUGCAUCAAUAUCGAUCUUGUGAGGGAAGGCUUAGCCAGUAUUGAUAAGAGAGGCUGCGGGAAAUACCUAGCGGCUUACCCUCAAAUUGUCAAAAAGCUGGGAGAAGCCGCGCUUGGUGCAAAGAGAGAUAGGCUGGGUAUGUACGAGCUCGGAGACAUUGACGAGGAUGACGAUUAGAGGUACGUUGUGGACGAGUAUCUGAGCGGGGAAAGGGACUCCUGUAUGUAGCGGCGGCGGGACUACAGACACGAUCUAUUGCAGAAGACAUUUUAUGGUUAAUAACUAUAACACUACGGUGCAGUGCAAACACUCUUUGCAUUGUGUACUAACCAUUCGCGUGACAGCUAGUAGAAGAAUGGAACUAGAGCGUAAGGUGUCUUCUUUCUCCAGG